GUGCGGAGUCUGUCACUCAGCUCCCGCGCCGGGGGCGACCGAGGCGCCGGCGCCCGGAGCCAAGUCCCAGCCAGCUACCAUCCCCCUAGCCGGUCCUGGAUUCUCCCGGCACCCCAGAGCGAGCGGCUGCUGAAGGCGUCGAGCUGCGGGACACUUGGGCAAUAGAGCUCGGGUAGCCAGGAGCUCUGCCGGCUUUGGUGACCUUGGGCCGGGCUGGGAGCGCCGCGGCGGGAGCCUGGAGGACGAUGAGCUGCCGAGCGGUGCCCAGAACCCAGCCCUGCCCAGCGCGGCUCCGGAGCUCUGGGCGGCUCCAGGUGCCCAGAACUUUGGGUGCCGCCUCUGGGACCCCCUGCCGGCCAACAGGCAGGAUGGUGCCUGCCUCACGCCCCUCGGUGCCUGCCUGCUGAUGUGUCCAGCCUGUGCCCGCCAUGCCGCCCUCCAUCUCGGCCUUCCAGGCCGCGUACAUUAGCAUCGAGGUGCUCAUCACCCUGGUUUCUGUGCCCGGGAACGUGCUGGUGAUCUGGGCGGUGAAGGUGAACCAGGCGCUGCGGGAUGCCACCUUCUGCUUCAUCGUGUCGCUGGCUGUGGCUGACGUGGCAGUGGGUGCUCUGGUCAUCCCGCUGGCCAUCCUCAUCAACAUUGGGCCACAGACCUACUUCCACACCUGCCUCAUGUUCGCCUGUCCUGUCCUCAUCCUCACCCAGAGCUCCAUCCUGGCCCUGCUGGCAAUUGCCGUGGACCGCUACCUCCGCGUCAAGAUCCCGCUCCGGUACAAGACGGUGGUGACCCCCCAGAAGGCCGCCGUGGCCAUUGCUGGCUGCUGGAUCCUCUCCUUUGUGGUGGGCCUGACCCCUGUGUUCGGCUGGAACAACCUGAGCAAGGUGAAACAGGACUGGUUGGCAAACGGCAGUGUGGGUGAGCCCGUGAUCAAGUGUGAGUUUGAGAAGGUCAUCAGCAUGGAGUACAUGGUCUACUUCAACUUCUUCGUCUGGGUGCUGCCCCCGCUGCUCCUCAUGGUCCUCAUCUACCUGGAGGUCUUCUACCUGAUCCGCAGGCAGCUCAACAAGAAGGUGUCGGCCUCCUCUGGCGACCCGCAGAAGUACUAUGGGAAGGAGCUGAAGAUCGCCAAGUCUCUGGCCCUCAUCCUCUUCCUCUUCGCCCUCAGUUGGCUGCCCCUGCACAUCCUGAACUGCGUCACCCUCUUCUGCCCUUCCUGCCACAAGCCCAGCGUCCUCAUUUACAUUGCCAUCUUCCUCACCCACGGCAACUCGGCCAUGAACCCCAUAGUCUAUGCCUUCCGUAUCCAGAAGUUCCGGGUCACCUUCCUUAAGAUUUGGAACGACCAUUUCCGCUGCCAGCCUGUACCCCCCAUUGAGGAGGACCUCCCUGAAGAGAGGCCAGGUGACUAGACUGCACCUCCUGCCCCCACCAGCCCCACAUCCAGUGAGUCUCAGCCUGGUUCCCACCUCCCCACUCUCCCACUUGACCCCCUGAGCCUUCCCCAGCUGGGCUGUGGGGUGUGGGUGCAGGGGGGUGCUGAAAGAUGCCCACGGCGCAGGGGACCUUCUACAAGGAGCUAGUAAUUGCCCUGCACCUCUGGGUCCUGGAGGAAGUGCAGACCUGGGGAAGGAGCCAGGCACCCCGGGGGGAGGAAGAAGGUGGCUUGAGCCUCCCCACCUGCCUGA